GUUGAAAUUGCAUAAAAAUGUCGGAUAAACGAAAACAAGCAAGUAAAUCGAAUAAAAUAUAUAAAAUUAUUGAUCAUACAAGAAGAUAUAGAAAAAGUAUUACAGCUUCUUCUCUUGGAGAAUUAAUAAAAAUUGCUCGAAUGCUAUAUAAUAUUCCAACAAAAACCAAUAUAACUAUUGUUUUGGAACAAGAUGGAACAGAAAUUGAUGAUGAAGAAUAUUUUGCUACUUUCAAAACAAAUACGAAUCUUAUGAUUCUUUAUGGAAAUCAGAAGUGGAUUGUAACAGAAACAAAAACAUCAAAAUGUGACUUUUUUACUGUUGAUGAUACUGAUAGCAAAAAAAGUCUUAAUGAUGCACAAUAUCAAUAUCUUAAAAUCAAAUCAUUAAUAUGUUCUCUAAAAGCUGAGCCAUCUCGUAUAUCUUUAUUGACUGGAGCUGAUGUUGAAAAACUUAGUGAUAUAAAUUUAGAUAAUUUUGUGGAUGUUAUUUCAAAUGGGAUAUUUUUUGAACAACUUAAAGAAAGUUUAAGUAAAUUUCUUGCGGAAAAACGGCAGGUACAUGAAUCUAUAGAUCUUCUUCAAGUGCUGACAAGUAAUACAAAUGUUCAAUUAAUGUAAAUGAAAUUAAAUUCUAAAAGUGUUAAUAAAAAUUUA